AUGGCUGAAAGAAGUUUUGAUAAAAAGCUCCGUCCGUCUCAGCCCGGCGUCUUUCAGCCAAAAAAACGGCAGUCCAGUAGCAGUAAGGCUGAGAGAACAAAGAAGGUUGAAAUAGGACCGCAAAUAAAAUCUGCCUCUGGUCCAACAAAGAAGCACACAGACGACCUUUUUGCUAAGGAAGAACAAUACAAACUUAUAAAUGCAGAGCUGGAAGCCAAAACAGCAGAUCUAGUAAGACAGACAGAACAACUUAUGAGAGAACAGAGGGAAGUUCUGUCAAAACCCUUAUCCACGCUCCUGCUCACAGACCUUGAGGAUGAAGAGGAGUCAAGGAUAAAGCCUCAACAAUCCACUGCACAGGAGCCCAGAGUGAAGGUGGUGACCACAAAAAGAGCCACAUCAACGUCACACAACAACAAACAAGGAAAAGAGCCUCACUGGAAAACAGCAACCUCAAAUGUGUCUCAUGUGGAGGAUUUAGCAGCUGGAGAAGACUCUGCAGAUUUCUUCCUGGCAAAGACAAUACGUAGCAUGGAGGAGAAGAUGAACGUCACCAUGACUCAUGAAAAUAUUGUGGAUGAUGUUGAUACUACUGGAGACAAUGCAGGAUCAGGCGUUUCAGAUGCUCAAAUACGAGUUCUGAAGGCAAAACUACGGAUCAUGCAAGAGGAACUGGAUCAACUCUCAUGUGAAUAUUAUAAGAAGGAUGAUGAAAACGCCAAACUUAGUGCAAAAAUGAAGGAGCUUGAGGAGGAUCGAGCCAGACUGCAGAAAACAACAAACAUCCAGCAGACACAGAUUGAGAAGCACAGAGCUUUAGCAGAGGAGUCUGACAAGAAAAGUGACGGUGUUCAACUGCAAGUGUCUGCUUUACACAAGGAAGUAGAAAAUCUGAAUAGGAACCACAAACAAGCAGCGGCCGCUCACAGCACCGUGGAGGUGCGUCUGAACAGAGCCUUGGAGGAGGUGGAGAGGUUGAAGACUCAACUCAACAAAAUGAAACAGAUGAACAAGGACAAGAUAAGCGAGGAACAUCAGAGUAAAGAAAAUCUACUUGCUGAAAACAAAAUGCUAAAAAAACAGAAAGCAGAACUCAUCGUGGGUUUCAAGAAACAGCUCAAGUUGAUUGACAUUCUCAAAAGACAAAAGAUGCAUUUUGAAGCUGCCAAGCUGCUGUCGUUCACAGAAGACGAGUUCAUGAAAGCUCUAGACUGGGGGAAGUCAUAAACACGGAGACGAUAAAUACAAGACUUUGAAUUCUGUGUGAAUUUAGAUUUAGAGAU